CAAGCACGUCGUUCUCGUCCACCAAUUUCACAAUGCCGCACUGGGCUUCACGCUUUCAUUGAAACUGGCCAACAGAUUUCUCACCUACUAUACCCCCUCUGGAUUAACAUUUUGGAAUUUCUUUAAUGGCUACUCUUAAGCUUCAUCCAUUCCAGGAUUCCGCUCGAGCUUCUUCUCUGUCGGUGGCUAUUUCAGAUUAUGGGUCUGGUUCUACUGGGAAUUUCUUGAGCUUGAGGCAUGACUUUACCAGGCUGCGGAAAUGGGAAUCUUGUCGUGUGGUUGUUUCGGCUCAGGGAGCAAUCACUUCCGUUGAAAAUGAAAAACACGCUGUCGACUCUUCGAAGACGAUUAAUCGGACUCUGGAGGAGCCCAAGGGUUCUCGUAAGGAUUUGAGUAUUCUUCCAAAACCCUUAUCUGCAACCGAUCUUCAUUCUCCAAAUGACGGUUCUAAAGUUCGGGUUGCAUAUCAGGGUUCACCUGGAUCAUAUAGUGAGAUUGCUGCAAUGAAAGCAUACCCAAAGUGUGAGACAGUUCCAUGUGACGAUUUUGAAGCUGCAUUUAAGGCAGUUGAAUUGUGGCUUGUUGAAAAGGCUGUUCUUCCAAUUGAGAACUCUGUUGGUGGAAGCAAUCAUCGUAAUUAUGAUUUACUCCUUCGACAUAGGUUACACAUUGCCGGGGAAGUGCAAUUGCAAGUUAACCACUGUCUCUUGGGAUUGCAAGGUGUGAGGAAGGAGCAACUGAAGAAUGUUUUGAGCCAUCCUCAUGCUUUUGAUCAAUGUGAGAUGACAUUGAGCGCAUUUGGCGUUAUGAGGAUUAAUAGUGAAGACACUGCCACAGCUGCUCAGAUUGUGGCCUCUAGUGGAAAAAGAGACACUGGAGCGAUUGCAAGUGCUCGAGCUGCAGAAAUUUAUGGGCUCAAUAUUCUUGCAGAAAAUGUUCAGGAUAAUGAUAAUAACAUCACUCGUUUUCUGAUUCUUGCAAGAGAACCCGUUAUUCCGGGAACAGAUAAGCUGUACAAGACCAGCAUUGUCUUUACUCUUGAGGAAGGACCCGGUGUUCUAUUCAAGGCCUUGGCAGUCUUUGCCUUGCGGGAGAUUAAUUUGACCAAGAUAGAGAGUCGUCCGCAGAAACAACGUCCUCUAAGGGUUGUAGAUGAUUCCAAUGAAGGAAGAGCAAAAUAUUUUGAUUAUCUCUUUUACAUAGACUUUGAAGCUUCAAUGAUGGAACCCCGAGCUCAAAGUGCUAUGGCACAUCUACAGGAAUUUGCAAGGUUUCUCCGAGUUCUUGGAUGUUAUCCAGUUGACAAAGUUUGAUUACUCGUCAUCUUAUACAGAGAAAAGUGUGUCGUUUAUUUCCGGUCUGGCGGAAAGCAAUGCCAGAUUCGGGUUCUGGGAUAAAUGAGAGGUCAGUUGCAACAAGGAUAAACUUUUUUUUUAGCAGAAUCCUUCCCUGGCAUUCUCACUUCAUCAUUCUUUUAGCAAUAUCCAUGGUUAUAGGAAGACUUGUAUAUGUAUAACUUGAUCAAAAUGGAAGGUGCACGGAUUAAGCUUUCUUUCUGUUAAGGAUUUCACUUGCUAAAUGUUACUUUUGGCUUGUCCUGGAAGAUGAAAAAUGCAAUUCCUAGAAACCUACAAAACAUAGAACAUACAAAUAAGAGGAGGACUCGUUUUGUU